GCCAGCAUUUUUUUAUUUUUAGGUUUACAAACCCGCCGCUCGCUUUUUCGAAUUUUCAGAAAAAAAAUAAAAUUGAGAAAAUUGGGAUUUUUUUUCUUUCCGAUGUCAAAUUUGUAUCGGGAUCGAGAUUUUGAAUUUACGAACUCGUAUUUCCGGUUGAUGAAAACAUGGCGCUUUGAUGGAGAAAACGUGUAUGGCCUGGUUUAGUAUAAAAUAUAUCGACGGGAGUGCCGUUCGGAAAGUUUUCGCUCGAUCGGAGGACACCCAACUUGCUGGGGAAUUUGUUGUUCAGGGGUAUGUUGGUGAGAUGAGGCAUUUGGUGAAAAUUGAGGGUUUUAAGACUGACCCAGAUGAAGCAAAUUCAAGGCAGAGUGAAAAUGCGAUGCAAAUACCGAACGACAUGCCAAUGCAUACUGUCGCUGCAUUUGGGGUGCGAUACUUAGUGGUAUACUAUGAAAACAACGCCAAGGCAGUUCCCGAACCAACUAAACGAAAUGCUUUUGAUGUGCUCCGUGAUGUAAACAGAGUUUAUGACUGGCUGCCCCCACCCAAAAGGACACCAUCAAACAAUAAGGACAAGCUCUAUAAUGAUGUUCUUCAGAAAUGUAUGGAUACCUUUCAAGUUGGUUUUCGUAGACAACAGCAGGAUAUUGGAUCAAAGAUCAUCAACACUCUAGUGGAAACUCUUUGGUUUAUUGACCCUUUUCUUGACAAAAUGAAGGAAAGAUCCUGCAAGAUCCCAGACGAGCUCUACUUUUGUGGAUACAGAGAUUUGAAAAAGUGUUAUAAAAAAUAUGUUGGUGUACAGGUAAACUUGAUUGCUAUGUGA